CAAGAGGCCCCCAAGAUGGCCUCCGCAGCCAUUUUGGCUCAAGUUGGGGCUCAAGCGCCUUCGGGUCAAGAUCUGUUGCGCGUGCCCUCUGAUCUACUUAAUUGCACCGAUUCGGCGCUUAUCAUUGCAAACAAUGGACUCGUUCGCGAGGCGUGCUUCGUCUCAGUGCUUUCACAGCGAUGAGUAUUUUGAGACCUACACGAACCCUCACCCAUUCGACCAAGCAUCAGGUGGCAUGUGUACGUCGUUGCCCAGUUGGGGCUUUCUGCCCACCAUGCAGCCGGUCACCAUGCAGUCGCUGCUUGCCCGGCAGGAAAACCACCCCAUGUUGCAGUCGAGCGGCGGCAAAUCGUGGAAUACUGUUGACGAGUACGACGACCCACGCGGGCGUCGGCGGGCAGAAAUCCAAAGCAGCAACCCAUCCGAACACGCGCAGGAUUCAGCCCAGUUGGGCCCUGGCGGCGCCCCCUCGGCGGCCGAUGCGCAGCUGCCAUCUCGGCCUUGAGGCGUUCUGCUGCUCCUUGGCCAGUCGCUGCCGCGCAGGCAGGAAGACCACCCCAUUUUGCAGUCGAGCGGCGGCGAGUCAUGGAAGACCUUUGACGAGUUCGACCACCCGCGCGGGGGCGCUCUGCCACCCCUGGCGCUCCAGCAAUCACCACGCUCAUAAUCCGCAACAUCCCGAUGUCUGUGACGCAGCGUGACCUGCUGGACCUCAUCGACAGGGCUGGCUUCGAGAACCGCUACGACUACGCCUACAUGCCGACAACUUUUGAUAGUGGCACCACUAGAGGAAUCUCAUUUGUGAAUUUUGCCACCUCAAGCGACGCCCGCGAGUUUUCCGUCUUGUGGAACGGAUCGCGACUGACUGGAGUUGCCGGUGCUGGAACCAGCGGGACCGUGAUCGAGGUCACCGCGUCGGCGACGCAGGGCUACUCGGAGAACGCCGGGAUAAGGAAGGCGAGCCGGCUGCGCCGCAUCAGGAACCCCAAGUUUCACGUUUCACCCCUUCAUCGCCCCGAGGCCAGCUGCCUGAUGAACGCGCGGUUGACAUUUUCAUUGGAUGUGCGGGGUGUGGGGGAUGGGGGAGCGCGCGGGAGGCCAAGGAGGACGAGGACGAGGACGCGGGCACCGCGCAGCGCGCCCCGGAGCGCGCCAGUUGGCGGCGACGGGCCGUCGCCACCACGAGCUGCCCCCCUAGCGGGCAGCCCAGCCAGGCCGCGCGAUCAAGGCGGGCCAUGUGCAGAGAGAGAUGUUUUUAGUGCGCUCGCUUGAAUCUCGAACUUGCACGCAGCCGUGAAUCAUCAUCGGCGGCAGAGCUUCACGUAGUUUCGCAUUUGCUAGAUCAGUAUUCAGUAUGAGAAGUUUCAAUGUUUCUAAAUGGGAAGCUUCCCUGGCUUCAUAAGCCCGAGGUGCUAAUUUCGAGGGCCCGGGUGCCUGAUGCAUCCGCGACCGAUUGGAAAUACCUGGUCGGCCGGCCGUGCCCUUCCCACUGACCUUGUUUUGCUCAACUUAUUAUCAUCGAGGGUUUUUUUCAUGUCAGUCUUUGCUCCACGCUUUCGUGCGGGGGCUGUGCCCAUUGCCUUCCAUUGUUCAUUGAGUACCCUCCCGCUCCAGCGGCCGUGCGUUCAGUGCGUGGCACCGAAAUCUUCGGAGACCAGCCAGCGCUCGGCUGCAGCAGGCGUGUUUUUGUAAUUCUGCCCACGUCGCAGGGCCGAACACAGGCACUCGAAGCCUUGCACCACUUCUGGGCGCGUGGCACUCGCUGGCGCCUUCACACUCCUCCACUCCUGGCCCCCCCC